AUGCCGGUAAAUCUUCAAGAUCGGUACGAUCGGGAACUUCAAAAGUGUUAUUGCGCUCGCGCUUCAUGCAAUUUCGGCUGUGAAAUCGCGGAAUUCUGUGACAACUUGAUUGAUGGAAUCCAGAAACAGGCUCCUUUAAAGGAGCUGGAGUCGUUAUUCAUCGAACAAGACACUCUCUCCGGAGUUCUCCGUAGCGCAAACGGUGACUGGUGCGAUAUGUUCCAAGAUAACGCAAAAGAGAUGGACAAUCACAUGAUGUUCAUUAAGAGCAGCCUUUUUCGAACGAUCGUAGUCAUGCAGUUUCUCUACAACUGUACAAUGGGUAUCUACAAGAGUUGCAGAAACCGUGUCAUCCAUCACUUUGACCUUGAUCCGUACGGUCGGAUCACUGCAGAAAACGGGGACUACGUUCACCAAAUCAUUACCGACCCAAGAUUCAACUUUGCUAGACUCUUCCGCUCGUCUAUUCGCAUUCUGGAGCAUGAAAUCAAACGGAUGGAUUUCACCAAGCAAUGCGUCCACGAAAUAAUGCAUAUACUCGACCUUCAACUCCCAGAAGUAGAGUUAAGCGAUCAAAACUUGGCCAACAAGGUUAACAACGAAGGACGCAAAGAUUUAGAAAAAACAUCAAAGCAACACAAGUUCAUGCUGAACACCUACCGUGUCUGGCACAACAAGAACCGCAACUAUUUGAAGACAGCCGAAAAAAUGAUGUCUAGCCACUUGUACAAACUGAUUCGUAUGCGCGACAUGCAUGUCUUGGCACUGGACAACUGGAACGAUUUCUCCGUGAUUCCAGAUCCAUUCCACCCACGCAACUUUGAAAACUUGUUCAUCAAGGUCUAA